UUGGUGUUGUGCGACCGCAACUGGUAACGAAUCUCAUACUCUCACUGUUUGCCAUAGCGCAAGCCUAAAAGGAAAGAGGAGGAGCACGGGCUAAGUUAAACCUACUCCCAGCGAGUCCACACGCUUAGUGUAAGCAUGGCAGGCGACAGCGAGACGCGGCUGGAAAACCGAGCCGAAAAUGAACAUGCAAGCCGGCAGCCUUUCCUCAUCGGGGUGGCCGGGGGUACUGCCAGCGGCAAGUCGUCUGUCUGUGGGAAGAUCAUGGAGCUGCUGGGACAGAAUAAGAUAGACCAUCACCAGAGGCAGGUGGCCAUUCUAAGCCAGGACAGCUUCUACCGUGUGCUGACCCCAGAGCAGAAGGCCAAAGCACUGAAGGGCCAAUUCAACUUUGACCAUCCAGAUGCGUUCGACAACGAGCUCAUCGUGAAGACACUAUGGGACAUCAUGGAAGGCAAAGCAGUCCAGAUCCCAGUGUAUGACUUUGUCACCCAUUCCAGGAAGGAGGAGAGUGUAACAGUGUACCCUGCUGACGUGGUGCUAUUUGAGGGGAUCCUGAUGUUCUACUCCCAGGAGAUCAGGGACAUGUUUCAGAUGAAGCUGUUUGUGGACACAGAUGCUGACACUCGCCUCUCCCGUCGAGUGUUGAGGGACAUCAGCGAACGAGGCCGUGACCUGGAGCAGGUGCUGACACAGUACAUCACCUUUGUCAAGCCUGCCUUUGAGGAGUUCUGUCUGCCAACCAAGAAGUAUGCCGAUGUGAUCAUUCCUCGGGGAGCCGAUAACCUUGUUGCCAUAAACUUGAUUGUGCAGCACAUCCAGGACAUUCUGACCGGCGGGCUGACGAAGCGUCAGAAUGGCUGCGUCAACGGCUACAGCACGCCUCGAAAGAGGAAGACAUCGGAGUCCAGCAGUCGUCCACACUGACCUCACUUCCCCUCUCCCCGGGAAAGAGAGCAACGGAUGGAGGAGGGGAGGGUUAUCUGUAUAUACCGCCAGUCAGCCACACUGUAUUUAAAAUUGAGAAGACAUAUACAGGAACUACAAGGCCUUCAUGAAUAUUAUUUUUGGACUGGAUGAAAUGUUUUGGAAGGUAAAAGAUAUUUAGUUCCCAGUGCUGGAACAACUGCAGGUCAGAGGCAAAAUCGCUGUGUUGUGAUUUAUUUAUUUCAGAUUUUUUUUUUAAAUGAGCUUCUGCCCCCUCCCUGUUGUGCUUGCAGAAAUGAAUAAAGGAAGAGGAGUGCUGGUUGAGCUGAGUGGUGCUUGAACCCCAGCUGCUUGUUCAGAAACGCCAGCACUCUUGAGUUUUUGGUCAGUGGUGUUGUCGUUAUUGUUGGUGGGGAGGGGUGUGUGGUUGGAGAGGGAUGCAAGUGGCAGACACAUUUAUUUACUUCUGAGGAGUUUUGACAUGUGUACAGCUGCAACACCUAUUAGAAUGUGAAAUGCACAAAGUCUAGUCCUUUGCUCACAAUGGCGUUUAUUUACACUAACUGAGAAAACCUGUAAAAGUGGUUGGCUUUGAAAUGGUGUUUGAUUAAGCCUUUUUUGAUUACACCACAGUUGCUUCACUGGUCCACAAGUCAGCAGUGUCUGUGAUUCUCUCUUGGCUGCACCCGCACUCCUUGACCCCCCAACUUGCUCAUCCAAUAAUGCUCUGGCAGCAGAAAUGCCCUGGGUCUGCAUUUGUGAUAACGUGCAGUAGGAGGAGACAAACUUGGCCCUGACACCGUAGCUCAACCCAACAGUUUAAUUUUCCACUUUCGGGUCCCUGAAAAAACUUGCCUCCAUGCCACACCCAAAACAGAAGGACUGCUUUGUGUAAAGAUAGAAUAACUAUUUCUACCCAAGGCCAGUGGAUUAGUCUGAUUCUCUGUAGGUGGAUAGAGGUCUCCAGUAAACCUGUAAGGACCACUGCCUUGUCUUACACCAGGGCACAUUCAGGGAUAAUUCAGGUUAUCUGCGUUCCAGUGCAGUUUUCUGCCUUAGCAGCCUAAUUUCACAAUGCAAGUGUUACAUUCUCUGAGUGCAACAAAACACUAUGAGUAAAUGCAGUCUGACAACUCAAAACAGGUAUUUUAAGAAAUGAUGACAAAUUGUGUAACAUUUAUCCUCUUUCACUUGAUAAUUUCACUGAAAUAAAGCUUAGUCUUGAUUUGCCCUGGGCCCUUCAAAAUCUUUAUUUUGCUGAAAUGAACCAUUAGACACACAUUUCUGUCUCAAGUGAAGAAUGGAAAUUGAGUGUGUUGUAUGUACAGUACAUUGCACCGCCCUGAACAAUGCCCCAUCUCUUGGCAAACAGGGCCAGUUAACCAGUCACUGCCUAUUCAGACACUGUGGGAGUAGGACAUUACCUUCCUACUUUCCUGUGACAUGACCAUCAUGCCUGUGCUCUACUGUAAGGGUCCUCUGUGCAGAUAUCUGUAUGCACAAUCACCAUUGACCCUUGACUGAAACCUAAUGUACUGCUGGGAUUUUGAAGAUGUUUAUUUUUUGUCCCCUCAGUGUUUUAAGGAUGCUUUUUGUAAAACCAAUAAAAAGCACUGGUUAUAGGAGACAGGGUAGUUUAUCACAUGUUAUAUGGAUUUUAAAAAAUGCACUUUGGCUGUAUUACAGUAUGUGAUUUAAGCACGCACAAUGUAAUUUUGCCAAUUGGGGUGCGUGAAUUUCAGCUAAAAACUUGCUUGCGGGUGAGGUUGUGAACAGACCUGGAUCCCACAGUGUUGACGAAAAUGCAUCUUUAGAAAAAAAAAUUUUGUUUGUUGGUAGUCCCAGUUUUAUGUGCAUUACAUUUUCCUCUUGUUUCUACUUUCAGUAUUGCUAGUGAUUCUUCCUGAGUAACCAUUCUCAGCGAUGAGUCUGUUUAACUAUUAUAUUCUUGGCGACUGCGCUGUGCAUUGUUGCUGUUAUGGAUCAGCUUGGGAUGCUCCCAUAUCACUCGCUUUCCUAUACAAUGGGAUGAGAAAGCAUGAUAUUCUGCACUGUGGCCUCCCAUCAGUUUCACACGCUGUAACUGCCACAGUUGUACCUUUUGUGAGAGUGCCUCAUGCUCUAUGUCUGGGAACAAAUUAAAAAAAAAAAAAAACAAUUUUGCUGUCACCAAAAAUGAUAGUCAGACAUCGUUCCUUAGCUAAUGGUGCCUACCUCUAAACAUUUUUUAUGCAAACAGUACCUUUCUUUGCAUCUAUCCACAAGUGGUGGUUGUUUGCCCUGUAGAUUUCACCAUGAAGUGGUGCCCGAUGUGUUUGCUGUUUAGUUCCUGCAUACUCAGAUUUCUAGUUCCUUGUUACACCCUGUUAUGAGUCAUUGCCCAUUGAAUAUUUAACUGUAAUGUGACUCCAUAGUAAGGGAAAAGAUAUGCCUAAAAAUAUCAGAGUGAAGGAUGAGAUACCAACGUAAAUUUCAUUUGUUGAGCACUGGUAUUAUGUGCAUAUUAAACCUACAAUUCGUUUAUAUGUAUAUACUGUACUUGUAAAUGUUAUUGUUUCCAUUGUGAAGCAAGUCUGCGUUUUGUAUUGGUAUCAUGCAGCGCAUGUGGAGAAACUGCAAAAAAGCGUCUUACUCAGAGUGGCAAUGCAAGUGAAUGGCUAAAUGUGAUUUCAGGGAAUCUGUUUAGUCCACAUCUUGUCAGAGAAUGAGAGAGUAGGAGAUUUCCUCAAAUGUGCUUUGUAGUGCUGAUUCAAACACCAGCUUUGGGAUAAGACGCCUUUUGCCUUAUGAAAAGACUUAACUGUUUUUUUUCCACAUUUAUUGAAUAUACAGUGCUUAGCUGAGGCAUGCAUUUUGUCAGUUUUUGUUAUUUUGUUAUUUUUCCAGAUUAUAGAUUGGCAGCCUUUCUUUCAUUGCUUAGUCAGAUUUAGUUGU